GCAUAAUAAUAACCCACUGGUUCAGACGAGACUGAUCACCAGUUUACCAGCCCGCAGGUCUACAUCACCAGUCUGCUCUCACAGAACACGGACUUUGUCCUGAACUCGUCUGGAAAGGGAAAGUUUACCCGCGAGCAGGAAUAAGGAGCAGUUUCGAGGAGUUUGGAGGAAGACGAGGAACGAGGUUACUAAGUAUAGGAUACAUCCACACAAACCUAUACAUACACACAGGACUCAGCAUGUCGGCCAGAGACACUCUGAAGGACAAGAAAAUAGAGAUCCAGACCACUUUGUGUGGAGACUACCCGUUAAUCCUCAACAAGGUUUUUGAGAAGAAGCUGAUCACCCAGCGGGAAUACAAUAAUCUGAAAAGCAUCAACAAUGUAAACGUGGAGGGACACGUUAUUGAGCUCGUGGACAAAAUCAACAACAAAGGAGAAGACACUUGCAGGGACUUCCUGGACCUGCUGCAGAGCGACGACGACAUCAGGAGCACCUUCCCGUUCUUCAGGAGCACCUUCCCGGAGCUGGGGCGCAUGUGCACCAGCUCGCCGUUACCCGCACCUGUCCCGGUCUCUGGUCCCACAGAUGGUGAAGACCGACUGCAGAACCAGGGGGAUGUUUAUCGGCUGCAGAGCCGGCCCGUCGGCCUCUGUGUGAUCCUGAACAACGAGAACUUCACUGACGGCUCAGCCAGAGCAGGAACAGACCGAGAUGCUCAGAGUCUGGCAGAGGUGUUCAGCUGGCUGGGAUUCAGAGUCCUGAUGUGCAGGGAUCAGACCAGGGACCAGAUGGAUGACACUCUGACCUGGUUGGCCUCUCUGGAUGUCCGAGUUCAGCCUCCGCGGAUUCAGGAGUGGCACCACGGCAGCUUCGCUGGCCUCCAGCAGGACGUGAGGCACGGCGAUGCCUUCAUCUGCUGCGUCCUGAGUCAUGGGAGUAAAGGUGUAGUUGUGGGGGUCGACGGGGAGUCCCUCUCCAUCAAAGAAGUUACCAGAAGGUUCAGGGCCGGCGAGCAGUCGGCCCUGACCAACAAGCCCAAGGUGUUCAUCAUCCAGGCCUGCCAAGGACCUGGGAUACAGAGAGGGGUUUUACGGAGCGGUCUGGAGGCGGAUGAUGCUGGUUCUCUGUCCACCCCUGAAGAGGCAGAUGUCCUGGUUGCCAUGGCCACCGUGGAAGAUCAUAAAGCAAUAAGACACACAACACAAGGGAGCUGGUUCAUCCAGUCAGUGUGUCAGCAGCUGACGGAGUGUUGUCCAAGGAGGGAGAACCUUACCGACAUCCUUCAACGUGUGAAUAAUGACGUGAGCCAGAAGGAGGGCUGGAAGGAAGGACCCGGCCAGGUGAAGCAGAUGCCCGAAGUGAGGUUCACCCUGAGGAAGAGGCUUGUGCUGUCCCCCCCUCACCCCUGAAUUCAACCACCAGAAAAGAAGACAGCAGACCUUCUGAAUGUUAGCAGCCAGAGCCAUUUAUUAUAUUUCUAUGUGCUGUAUA